AUGGAUGUGUUUUUUGGCUCUUCCUACACAAUGUACUAUGGAUGUCUGGUGCCUUUGUUAUUGGUGAAGCCAUCGCGUCUAUUCUCUGAUCUUUCCUGGUGCCUGCAACACAGUCUCUUCACCUGGACUACCGCAUUUUUACUGCAUUGGCACCACUACAUACCCUCGGAUUACUUGGACAUAUUGCACCAAAGUGCCCUCCAUUUAGGUGCCUGGCGCCCCUGUAGCCUAUCCGUGCGGUCAACAGCUUUACAGGCAUGGUCUCCUCUCAAGGUUAGUCGCGUGACAUGUUUCAGGGGCCGCUUUUUGUCGGACAUAUCUAACCUGUUAGGGCGUUUUGUCUUCAUCUAUCCUCCACUCAUAGUGCUGGUUUAUUGCGAGAACGCCGCUGGGUCAUCUUGA